GUUGACUGUUCUUUUCUUCUCCGAUGACGACCUCCGUACUGGAUGGAGCCUUCUCCGCAUAAUCCAAAGAACCAAACUGAUCCAGUCAAACCGAUCCGACGGCUGAGAUCACCCCAGCGGUUGCGUAUUAGCCCGCCCGCGGCCCGGCACGAGAAAGCUGAAGCCACGAGCUUCCUUCCGAUCCCCAACCUCUUGGCAGUUCAUACCCUCGACGUCUCCUCGGCGUCCGCCAUGGGUCUCAAGCUCCGGCGGCUCGCGGCCAGCAUCCUCUCCCCGGGCCCCGCAUCCCCGACCUCCGCCGCCGACGCGCACCACGCAGUGGCACGCGCGACGGCGCGCCACCCUUCCACGGCCCCUCCCUCUGCGCACCACUUGGACGCGCUCCUCGCCUUCGGCCGCGGCUCGCGCCUCUCCGCCGCGGCGCUUGCCACGGCCCUCGUCGAUCGCCUACGCGCCGCGGCAUCGGGGGACGGCGACGCCGCGGUGGCGCUCAAGUGCCUCAUCGCGCUCAGGGUCCUGCUCGCGCGGGGGGCGUUCAUCCUCCGCGACCAGCUCCUCGCCGCGCUGGUCCGGCACCCCGCCUCGGGCCGCAACCCGCUCGCGCUCGCGGCCUUCCCGCUUGGCCGCUCCUCCUUCGCCGCCGCGUCGUGGGUCCGGUUCUCCGCGCGCCUCCUCGAGCUCAUCCUCCUCCUCCCCGACGCCCCGGCCAACCACGCCGCCGAGUACCUCACCGCGCUCCCAAACCCGCACCUCGUCGCCGAGGUCGCCGCCUUCGCGGCCGUCGUGGACGCCGUCCGCCACGCCCCGCCUCCGCCUUCCUCCUCUCCACAACCCAACGCCCUCGUCUGGGAAGCCAUCCGGCUCGCCGAGGAGGACCGCGUCGCGGCGGAGCGGAACAUCGCCGCGCGGGUCCAGGAGAUGGGCGAGCGCCUCGACACGCUCUCCCUCGCCGACGCGGUGGAGCUGGUGUGCGUGCUGAGGCGGGUGGAGGAGAGCGCGGCGGCGGCGUCCCCGCCGGAGUGGAAGUGGGCGGCGCUGGACGAGGGCGUCGUGUGCGCGGCUUGGCGGCUCCGCGAGCGUGCGGAGGAGGUGGUGAUGCGGAGGACGGUGGAGGAGAGGCGGGUUGUGCGGAGGGACGACGGGCCCAGCGCGUCCGCGCGCGUCCUCCAGCCGGUCCGCGCCGGUGGCGGCGACGCCGUCCGGUUCAGAUCCACGCGGUGGGCUGGCACGGUCUCUGCAUGGCGAUAGGGCAAUGUCUAGCGGUGAAAUCUUGGCUUGCCAUUGCUGACUUGGACUUGGGCUUGGCAGUAGUCGUCUCUAUUGUUUUCUUCUCCUUUGUAACCUGUUUAGAUGUGCUACAUAGUCAUGAUUUUUUAGACCAAAAUUUAGGAUAGUCCAAGUCCUAUGUGAACUACCUUUGGAUCCACCCAUGUGUGAUAGAUCUAUAGAUGAUCUCCAUGUGUGAUAGGUCUACAGAUGAUCCAAACAAGACAUUACUCUUGGUGUGCGUGAACCCGAUAUUUCCGACUCAGAGACUAGCUUUGCAUACCUGCAAAUGCCAUAUUCUGAAACCGACCUACGAUAUGCUUAAUUCAGUGUAUGGUGGUGUCUGCAUGUCUCUGUAAGAUU